UUAUUUUAAUUUCUUUAGACUAUGUCUGAAUGUAUCCAGCUCUCAUUUGCUGUUUGUAGAAUUGGCAUUUACACGUGUUUUAGAGCACUUUGCUGCAAGGGACCGCCACCGCCACGGCCUGAAUAUGACUUGGUUUGCAUAGGCCUCACUGGUUCUGGCAAGACAAGUCUUCUGUCACAGCUUUGCAGUGAAAGCCCGGAGAAUAUAGUGUCUACCACAGGUUUUAGUAUAAAAGCGGUGCCAUUCCAGAAUGCCAUCUUGAACGUAAAAGAACUUGGAGGGGCUGACAAUAUCAGGAAAUACUGGAGUCGUUACUACCAAGGAUCCCAAGGGGUAAUAUUUGUGUUAGACAGUGCCUCCUCUGAAGAUGAUCUAGAAACUGCUAGGAAUGAACUGCAUUCUGCUCUCCAGCACCCACAGUUAUGUACUUUGCCGUUUUUAAUACUGGCCAAUCAUCAAGACAAGCCAGCAGCUCGCUCCGUACAAGAGGUUAUGCUUCAUCCAAGCGAUUACUCUGAAUUUAAGGAUAGUCAGGGUAAGAGAACUGCUGCAAGAACCAUCUGUCUGGACUUACUAAAUGACCGAGAGGGUGUUUGUCUGGGUGAUCUGCAUUUAAAUUGUAUCAUCUUAUCCUCAUUAUCUUUUUGUGUGAUUGUCUGGGGAUUUUUCUGA